AUGUUCACGCCUACAUCUGAUGUUCCGCCUUUCGUGACGCCAGAGGCUCACGACGCUCUCACAUCCUCUACUCCGGCUUCCUUUAACGAUAUCCCUCCUACCUUGAGGUUUCAGGAUGAUGCUGUCGAAGUGACGAUGGAACCUAGCAGGGGGUGGGAUUGGAGCGGAAGGAUCAAAGGGAAGAUAUGGGUCACAGAGGCAGCCAUUGUCUUUCUACCCUCAAAUUCUGAAUCAAGCUCAGGGUUCAAGCUGCUCUAUCCUGCUCUAACUCUUCACGCUCUCACCCCUUCUUCUUCUGAAUCACCAGCACACGUUUACUGCCAGAUUGACGAGACGGGCACCGGCGGUUUAGACGAGGACGAUGCCGGCGGACACAUGACCAACGGACACUCGGGAGCCAAUGGAGAUGCUAAUGGAGUUGAAGACGAGGAAGAGGACAAUGACGAGGCAGGACAGUAUUCGACCUUCCGCGAGCUGAGGAUAUACGUCUCAGAAUCCAGAGUCCAAGACCUCUUCAAUGCCAUGUCCCACUGUUCAGGUCUCCAUGAUUCCCUCUUACCUUCUGGCGAACCUUCAUCCUUUUUUGGAGGCUUCGGAGAUAUGCCCAAUGGACCAGAAGAUGAAGAAGAUCAGUACGAGGACGGCGAUGAAGAGGAACAGGAAGGGGAUGAAUCCCGUGUUGGUCAACCUGGAGAAGACGAGGGCGAAGCUGGAAGAGUGAGAUCCGAUUUUCAUAGCGGUGGAGGACCAGGAGCGAGGUAUAGACCAUAUUAA